AUGACCGAACAAACCGUCUCCUUCGCGUCCAAUGCUCCUCCCAAACCUUCAGGUCCGUCGCUGCUGGCCUGCCUGACCUGUCGACAGAAGCAUCUCAAAUGCGACGGCAAGGCACCCGUCUGCGGGCGUUGUGCUUCCUCAGGCACGAUUUGCCAAUACACGCCUUCGCGACGGGGGUACAAAGGCCCGUCCAAGAAGCGUCGCGCCAAUCCCCCCACCCCUGAGCAGCAGGCCCUGGGAGAGUCGACGUUGUUCAACCUCGAUGGCCGUAAAGUCGACAUUCCUCCAGACUGGAACAUUCCUGGCAUCAUUGGGCCGACGUCGUCAUCCUUGUCGACCCCACCUCUUCCCCCGACCUGUCUAGAUACUUCCGGGAACAACAACAAUAAUAAUAUGGUGGGCGUGUCGCAGCCGGGGAAUCAGGCAAACAUGGGUGUCAGAUCGCCCUUGACGCCCGAGUCGCAGUCGUCGCUGGGCGGCGACGGGUAUCUUGUCGAUGUCUACUACUCCAACUUCCAUCCCGCUCACCCGGUCCUGCCUCCCCACCGGCUGCUCUAUCGCUUUAAUCCGCCCCCCUACCUCGAGCAGGUGAUCAAAUUUAUCGGCGCGCAUUUCACCCCGGCCGCGUCCAGUGAGACCUACCGUCCUACAGUGGUAUCGUCUGUGGUGGACCAAGAUCCGUCGCCUGAAAAGGUCCAGGCGCUGCUGCUUCUUGCCAUUGUGCUUCAUUCUCGAAAUGAGCGAGGCGAAGCUGGGAACUGCCUGGCCCAGGCGAUGGACUUGGCCUACGAACUCGGGGUGCACCGCAAAUCCUUUGCAGAGACCAUGAGUGAUGGAGAUCCAAUCCGCGCGGAGAGCUUACGGCGGACCUGGUGGGAGCUCUUUAUUGUUGAAGGGAUGCUGACAGCGCUGGGUGUGAGGAGCAGCUUUACAGCAAGCAACGUGCCGCUCGAAGUGCCUCUACCGUGCGAGGAACGCAUCUACCAGAAUGGCCUGACGCCUCCGUCUCCGCCUACGAUUGCCCAGUUCGAUGACCGUGUCUUUGCCGAUGAGGACAUUGACUUUUCUUCCUACGCCUACCGGAUCGAGGCAGUCCGUAUUUUAGGCCGCGUCGUUCUCCUGAGCGAAACGGUCCAGGGCCAGCAGGAACAGAUCGAGGCUAUCGACGCCCGGAUCGCCAGCUGGUUCCAUCACCUCCCGGAAUCUAAGGCCGAACUGAUGCAGGCGGACGGCACCGUUGACGAGAUGAUGUUCCAAGCCAUGAUGGUGGUCAACGGGGCCUCGAUCUACCUCCACUUUCCCCGCUCGGAUCUGCUGUCGUCGCCGGCGGUGGCAGCGGAAGUGAUCUGCGGCCACCCGGGUCUCUGCAUGAUGCCAGCGUUUUCGCAUCACGCCCACGCGAUGAAGGCGGUCAAGGCGGCCAGCGAGAUCUCCACCCUGGCGGCGAUGCGCGUCCCGGUGACGAAGCACACGCCUUUCUUCAUCUGUGCCUUGGUGCUGAGCUCGAUCGUGCAGCUGGCGGCCUACUCGGUCAAGGCGGGGCAGAUGCCGGAUCCGCGUCGCGAUCGGCUGGCGCUGACGAUCGGGGUCUUCAAAUCGCUGGGUCGGACAUGGGCGAUUUCGCAGUCGGUGAUGCGGCAGAUCAAGGCCGUCGCUCGGGACGUGCUGGAGAUUGGCGUGCGGCCGGUGGAGCAGAACAGCCUCGACUUUAAUGCUUUCCUGGAGGGCAGUCAAUUCUGGUUCCCGGAGCCGCAGGUCAGCGGCAGUUGA